AUGGGACAAACAUUGGGCAAUCGUACCAAAGGUCUGUCAUCCUUCCUGUCAUUUGCACAGAGGACACUGGAGGAAGAGGAUGGCAGAGAGAAAGUGAAGGAUCCUCAUUGCUUCAAGUGUCUGGGAAUCCCACUGUCACAGCAUCUAUUGUAUUUGGUGGCACUGAAUUUGGACAUGAAAAUCUUCUCCUUUUUCUUUGCUGUUCUCCUCUUAAUUCUCCAGGGCACUUCAGGUUUCCUGCGUGCCCCCAGCACCGAGGGGCAGUGCAGACAGGCUGGGGGUGUCUGUUCCAGCCACCGCUGCCCCCCACCCCACACGAGACCCUUUGGAAGAUGCCAGCAGGGAAUUCCCUGCUGUAGGACCGUGUAUGAUUAGUGACCACUGACAUCUCAGAUGGGCUAACCAGAGCUUCUGGCAAUUUAAGGGAUGUAUCAUCUCACUGGAGAAUCUGGAAUUCUGAACAGAAAAUAUGCAUUUGACACAUGCAGGCACAUGCCACAAUGUGAACAACAGAAAGAGAACAAACCCUUCCAAAAACAGCCCUAAUGACCUGAAGAAACUCCCAAGAAAUUAUUGAACAAAACAAUAUUUUUAAUUUUUAAAAAUGUUUUGCUGCUGAAAUUUUAUUGUGUUAACCAACACCUGUCCAGAGGUCACCAGCAUGCAGGGGUCUGUGCCUGUGAGAGGAUGCAAAGUUCUUCCUUUGGCCCUCAGAACAGCCAUUUUAUUAUUGGUCUUAUUAUUAUUUUAUUUUCCUUUUGGAGUCAGCAAUAAUGUGAGCAAUGCCAGAAUGCUCAGCUAAGGUGUUUAUAUUUCAUAGUCUACACAUCUCAAUAAAUUUUAAUAAACUUGUCCUGCAAGA